CGUCGCUGCACGGCAUCAUCUCUGGCGUGUCAUUUCCUUACAUAUUACCGCUUAGUGCUUAGAAGUUCUAAAAUGGCCCUUGCUGCGCGAGCAGGCGCAUUGCAGCGGCGAGCGACGCUGCGGGCCCCAGCAUUCCAAGGAAUACGACCGCACACCGCGCGUUUAUCAAAGCAUCGUAUUAGCGCAGCGUCAGAUUGUAGGGACUGCAACGUGUCGCGUGGUGGCCCAGCCUCCGCUGCUGACGCGCGGGGCCUCCUGGCGACGACGGGCGCCUUCCUCGGAGCCGCCGCCUGCAGCAGCUUGCUCGCGCCGGACAUGGUGUAUGCCCUGGACCUCCAUGCGGAGCUCAGCAACGCGCUGUCGCUACCUACUUGGGCCAUUCACGUCUCCUCCGUCCUGGAAUGGGUGACUGCUAUGGGGCUGAUGUGGCGGUUCGCGGAGGUGAGCGGCAACCCGCGCUGGAAGGGCAUGACGUGGGGCAUGCUGCCCUGCCUGGGGUCCGCCAUGGCGGCCUGCACCUGGCACUUCUUCUACAACUCGCCCGACCUGGAGUUCCUGGUGGUGCUGCAGUCCGCUCUGACGGUGGUGGGCAACUGCACUUGCUGGCUGGCUGCAUACCGGAUAUACACAGCGGCGGUUGCGGAGAAGGCUUCGGGCUAAGGAGGAUACGUGGAUAGCCUUCCGGCGGUUGCAUGUGCUUGGGCACAUGGCCAUGAACCCAUGACGUGUUUGUGGAGCGUGUGCAGUGAAGAUAAGGUAUGCAUCUUGUUGAUAUAUAGUUUGGUUCCGGGGUGAGUUCCGGGGUGCGUAUGGAGAGUUUUGGAGUACGGUGUCGGGCGCAGGCGCGCUUUGGUGCGUGUCGAGGGCAUGUGCCGUCGUCUGUUAGGCGUCAACCCCCCGGGUCAGACGGAGCGGUCCAAAGCAGUGUGCAGCCGGCCUCCCGGCAAGCGGUUGUGGGGUACUAGGCGGCUGUCCCCAUAUUGAGAGGGUGCGUGCAAAGUCCCAACGUUAUCAGGGGCCUUGUUGAGAGGAGAGGAACACCAUAUGAUUACAUACGGAUAAGCGCCGCGCACAUUCUUGCAGGGUGUGUUACUCGAGCAGCGGUGUUAGCAGCAAACACCUUCCUACGGGCGUGAGGACAUAAAUAUCUUGUAUCAUGAGUACCGAUAUCUAGUGUCACAGCAAAGCUCGUCCAGAAAUGUAGAUUGAGGAUGUUAUGUACAAUAUGCGGG